UCAGAUUUUCUAUGCCAUUGCUCUUCACCAUCAUCCUCAUUGUUCUCUCUCCCCCAAAACCCUUAUUUUGCAAAAUAGAAAACCAUUGUUCAAGACCCGAACAACAACCGCAUUUGUUUUCUUCCUGAAAUUGAAUUUGUUCAAGACAAUACUUCCUUCUUCCCAUGCCUUCCAUCGAAUGCGGCCAUGGCAACAAGUCUUUGAACCCUUCGAAUCCAAUAAUCCGAAACACAGCAGCAUUAAUGGUUGCCUCUUCAAUGUUCACCUUCUCCCUCUGAUUUUCGAAAGAAGACCAGCAUUGGUCCUCCCAUCUUUUCCUCUGAGUUUCGACAGCCAUUGCAAGCAAAUUAAGAAUCAACAAUAAGAGGAUCCUUUUCUUUUUACCUACCAUUUGUGGCUUUUGAUUCAUUAUUUCACCCAGGAUCUUCAAGGAAGGAGGCGAUAUCAUAGAGGAACCUUUCUAAUGAUCGCGGAGAACCAGACUUAGCUCCUUGAAGCGCCUUUUGAACAAUGAGAAAGAGACAUAAUGCUAGUGCCUUAACUGACAAAAAGAAAAUAGAUGUUCCAACCCCUUUUGAUGGUGGCACAAAGAACAAUUCUGAUUCUGAGGCAUCAUGGAAGAGAGCUUUUUAUUUUUGUUUAGCAGCACGUAUCGUCAAUUCUUUGGUGGUGCAGACAUAUUUUAACCCUGAUGAACACUGGCAGUCUCUUGAAGUUGCGCAUCGCCUGGUAUUUGGAUAUGGACAUCUUACAUGGGAAUGGAAAAGGGGAAUUCGUAGCUACUUGCAUCCUCUCUUGUUUGCUGUCCUUUAUAAAUUUCUCGCUUUUCUUCACCUUGAUACCCCUUGGUUUAUGGUGAAGGCACCACGUUUGCUGCAGUCUAUUUUUGCUGCCAUAUGUGAUCUAUACUUGUUCAAACUAUCUGACAUUAUUUUCGGGAAGCAAGUUGCAAAGUGGACACUUUUCUCUCACCUUACAAACUGGUUUGUGUUUUUCUGUUGUACAAGAACUUUAUCAAACAGCCUAGAGACUGCUCUCACUGUAGUCAGUUUGUAUUAUUGGCCAUGCAUCAGAGGUAGCUGUGGUAAAUUUCCUUCAAAUUCAAGAAGGUGGGCGUUGGCUAUUGCUGCCUUCGCGUGUGCUGUUCGUCCAACAAGUGCCAUAAUAUGGCUGUAUGUCGGUCUAAUUGAGUUGCUCACGUCUUCUGAUAGAUUGAAAUUUGUAUUUCUUGAGGCUGCUCCUAUUGGGGCAGUGGUGCUUGCAAUCACUUCUUUGUUGGAUCGUAUCAUAUAUGGUUCCUGGAUCAUUGUGCCUUUUAAUUUUCUGAAAUUCAACUUUCUUUCCUCUGGCGGAGACUAUUAUGGAACUCAUCCGUGGCACUGGUACUUGAUUCAAGGUUUUCCUGUGAUGCUGUUCACUUUCUUGCCAUUUUCUAUAGCAGGCAUCAUUUACUCUAAGCAAUGGAAGCUUUCUGGCUUGAUUGGUUGGGUUAUAGGCAUUUACAGUGUGCUGGGUCAUAAAGAAUUCAGAUUUGUCUUGCCUGUCCUUCCAAUAGCAUUGAUGUUUUCAGGGUACUCAUUAACAGUUCUUGAAAUGCCUGACUUAUCAAUGGGUGUAAAAAACAGGGCUUCUUCCUCUCAUACUAAAUGGCCUUCAAAAUUGCGAUUAGCUGUUGUCUUUUUGGUUGCUACCAACAUUCCAAUGGCCCUUUACAUGAGUUUGGUUCACCAGAGGGGAUCUGAAGAUGUGAUGCACUAUCUUGCAAUGGAAGCAACCAAGGGUGAGGUCAAAAGCGUACUGUUCCUAACACCUUGUCACGCCACACCCUAUUACUCCACUCUUCACCAAAAUCUACCCAUGCGUUUCUUAGACUGUACACCAAGUGAAGAACGAGGAACUCUUGAUGAAUCAGACCGUUUCAUGCUGGAUCCACAUGGCUUUGCAUCUGCAUUUGCUAAAAACUGGUCUUUACCUAGCCACAUUGUUUUAUUUGAUUCUGAAGAGAAAAAGUUGAAAGAUUUUCUGUUGUCACAUUCGUUCAGAGAGGUAAAAAGAUUCUUCCAUGCUCACUUCAAGGCAUAUCAGGUUGAAUUGGAGGCAUUGGCUUUGAAACUGGAGGAGGAGAAUGAACAACUUCAGAGAGAAAAGGCAGAGCGAACUAAGCAAAGGUUCAAGCAGCUUAUAUGAAAGUCGCAGUAACUUCAAAAACCUUCAACAUGAGGUCACAUUGCCGUGAUAAAGCUGAUCUUUUGCACUUUGGUUUGAAGACUGAUCAAAAAGAAGAAAUGAUGAAGAGAUGGAGAAAAGACAUAAAGAGGUUAUCAUCGUACCAAAUGUAGAAUAUUCAUGUAGCUUAGCGUUAUUUAUUUAGCUUUUAACCCUGGAAAUCUAAAGGAAGCUAUUACCUGUUUUCUUAUAGAUUUUUUUAUCGAACUAUUUUGGUUGCCUGCCGGUUCAGAGUUAUAAAUCCUUACCAGUAAGAUGUGAUUUAAGAAAGUUCCCAAUAGUAAUUCACUGAGUGUGAUUGCAAGUUCCCAUUUAAGCUAAACAGAAGGAUCCUUGCAUACUUUUUCCCAAUAUGGCAAAAUAUUAAUGUUACUGUUUAGGAAUUCAUGAUACUGCUGCUGCAUUCAACUACAUUCUAUCACCCAAUGCCAUUAACGGCCCGUUUGGUUGGUGGUAUUAAACGAUGGUAAUGGGAAUGAAAACUAGUGUAAAUUUGGUUGAAUAAUCUCUUGCUACCUUGAUGGCCAUGUUUGUCCAACUUCAAUCAUCUCAUUUUCUUCAUAAAUUUCCUAUGCAUUACUAUCAGGAGAGGUAGUAUUAGGUGGUAAUGGAAAUUUGUAACCAAAAAAAACUUUUUUGUAAUCAAAGUUUCAUUACCAUGGGAUGACAUAAAACUUUUGAUGAAAUUUUACACUAUAAAUCAUUCCCAUUACCACCAUUUAGUACUACUAACCAAACGGGCCGUAAGUGGCACCACUGAAGCUCCCACCUAGACUGAAUUUGGGGGAGUUGGAAGUACACAACCUUAUGAUCAAUGGGGUUAGAUAUUUUUUUCUGCAUACACCAUUACACCAUAAAUUUAUAGUUCUGUUUUCUACUUUUAAGGGUUAGAUUCAUGGAGUGUACUCGAUGGCUAUCUUGUUCAGUAUUCUAUUGGGUUCCUGAUUGGUCGGCUACAUUAUGGAUCUAUUUGCAUAUGUUUUGGCGUUUGCUAUGCUGUGUUUACCUUAGAUCUGGAUUGACCAAGUUUUUGCAUGUGUUUUGGCUGUUGCUAUGCUGUGUUAACCUAGACAUCUAAAUAUGAUGU